ACAACACAUGACGUCCACGGGAGCUUCCCAAAUGUUUCCUAUUCAGGAAAGUCCCACGUUUAUGUCCACAAACCAACCUUUAAACUUCCCUUCUGAAAUUAUAAUAUAUAAAUUGCGGUCGUUUACUCGUUUAUACAUGACGUCCAGGGAACUUCCCGGAUGUUUCCAAACUACUAGGGUCUAGGACACUUCAACGCAACUCACGCAUGCGUAGACGCAAGACGCAAGACACAUACCGACAUACCUACAUUAUUAUACUUAUCUAUCUAUGCGACAUACCUACUGUCCUAUGACCUUCCUUUGGACUUUUCUUCCAGUAUACAUGAAAACCCCUCCACGCAGCACGCAGCUCACCAUUUCCAAAAUUCCUACCGAAUACAACUGAUCGUAACCCUGGUUGAAACCAACCGCGUUAUUAACCAUGUUCCUAAUAAUAUGUUGUAAUCACUAAUCACGAUGCAGAUUAUAUUCUGUGGUAUUAAAUAAUAAAUAUUAAAUAUUAAUGUUUUAUCUUUAAGACAAGACUGCAUCGUCAUUGUUUUAAGUUUUUAUGAAUGAUUCAAAUGAACAAUAAUUGAAAUGGAUCAUUUAAAGGGUUUACCCAAUUUAAGAAAACAUAACAAAAAGUUAAAACCAAUAAAUGCUAUAUCUAUAAAACAAUUUAGGAGAAGAAUAUUACAAGAGCGUGCCAAAGUUAAAACUUCAAUAAUAAAUACAAUAAAUACUUUACAGACUAAUGUUACUACUGUUACCAACAAUAGUUUUGUUCCUGGCCUUAGUCAUAAAAAUGUGAAUAAUGAUAAUAAUAUAAUUGAAAUUGACGUGCCUACUUCAAAAAUUAUUAUUAAUAGAACAAUUUCAGAUAACUUAGAUAAUAUUGUAAUACCUGAGGAUAGCAAUAAUCAGAUUCAAAUUGAUAAUUCUAUAAAUAUUUUAUCCAAUGUAAAUAAAGCUAAUUUACAAAAACAAUUAUCUGAAUGGGCUACUCAACAUAAUAUUAAACAGAUAGCAUUAACUCAUCUGUUGAAAAUACUCAAAUUACAUAUUAAUGAUGAUUUACCUAUUGAUGCCAGAACAUUAUUGAAAACUCCCAGAACAACUAUAAUUAAAGAAGUUAUUCCAGGGGAAUAUUUUCAUUUUGGCCUUCUAAGUGGUGUUAUAAAUUUUCUUAAACAGCAUGAUACUUUUUCAUUAACUAAAACUGAUAUUGAAAUAAUAAUAAACAUAGAUGGUUUAUCUAUUUCAAAAUCAUCGAAUGGCCAAUUAUGGCCAAUUUUAGGGUCUGUUUUCCCUUAUAACCAUGUAUUUAUGAUUGGUCUUUAUCAUGGAAAACAACGUAAACCUGAUAAUUCAAAUGAAUUUUUGUUUGAUUUUAUUAAAGAAACUAAAGAAAUAUACAGAAAUAAUAUUAUUCACGAUGGUAAAAAAUUUAAAUUUAAAAUUAAAGGAUUUUCUGUUGAUGCCCCAGCUAAAUCAUUUAUGUUGCAUACUAAAGGUCAUGGAGGGUAUUCAAGUUGUACCAAGUGUGAAGUUGAAGGAGAAUAUAUUGAAAAGAGAAUAUGUUUCCUUGAUGAAAAUGUUCGACUAAGAACUGAUAAAGAUUUUGAAAACUGUAGUGAUUAUGAAUAUCAUACUGGCAGAACUGACUUACUAUCAAUUCCUAAUAUAGGUUUAGUUUCAAAUGUGCCUCUUGAUUAUCAACAUUUAAUUUGCCUUGGUGUUACAAAGAAAUUAAUUUCAUUAUGGCUUUGUGGUAGUUUAAAUGUUAGAUUAAAUUUUAAAAAAGUAAAAAACAUUUCUAUGUCCAUCGAAAAAAAUAUUUUAAUGUAUGUUCCUAUUGAAUUUCAACGGCAACCACGAUCAUUAAUUCAAUGGAAACAGUGGAAAGAAACUGAAUUUCGCCAAUUAUUAUUAUAUACUGGGCCUGUAGUACUGCAGUAUAAUGUUAAUAGUGAUGUAUACUUAAACUUCUUAACACUGCAUGUAGCAAUUCGAAUACUUUGUACUGAUAGUUUAAUUAAACAAACUGAAUUUACUCAAUACUCACACAGUUUACUUUUACAUUUCGUUAAAUCUUUUAAAACUAUUUAUGGAGAGCAUCAUGUUUCACAUAAUGUGCAUGCAUUAAUUUACAUAUGUAAUGAUGUACUAAAUUAUGGAACACUGGAUUCUUUCUCAACAUUUAAAUUCGAAAACUAUAUGCAAAAAAUUAAAAACACGAUCAGAAAGGAUGAUAAACCACUGCAACAAAUUAUUCGCAGAGUUGAAGAAAUUAAAACAAAUUAUAAAGGAACCAAGUGCAAUUGUGAAUUAAGUGACACUUGGAUUUAUAAGAAACAGCAUUACAGUGGUCCUUUACCAAUUACUAUGUCAAAUCCUCAAUAUUUAUCUAUUACUUGCAGUUCUUUUACAAUAAUUUCAAAAGAUCAAAAAAACUGUUGUGUUUUUUUAAAAAACAAAGAAAUAGUUUUAACUGAUAAUAUUGUGUUUAAUCAAGGUUCAAGUUCAUAUUUCUUGGUUGGACGUUCAUUUUUAAUUAAAGAAGAUCUCUAUUUAAAACCUUGUGCUUCUAGUUUAUUGGACAUAUAUUCAGUGUCACAAUUAUCAGAACAAAAUACUUGGCCUAUUUCUAUGAUUAAUAAAAAGAUGUUUUUUUUAUGAAAUUCCAAAUAAAAAUGGAUGGUAUGCAACUUUUCCUUUGUUGCAUUCUGACAGAACAGAAGUAUCUAGUAUUCAAUAAUAUUGAAAUACCUUUAUAAUUGUAUAUAAAAGAUUUUUUAACUGUAAAUAUUUAAAUGCAUGUUUAGUUAAGCUAAAUUUUAUAAUACAUAAAUUAAGUAUUUUUAAUUUUACUUUCAG